AUGGGUAACGAGCAUUCCAUCCCUUCCAGUUCUGUCGAGGACGGACGUGAAGAGGGUCGAAGAAGAUGGGCACAGGGGCGGCUGAACAACCCGAGACUCGAGAAUGACAAGCAAGAGGCUCUAGAAGCCGGGCGGCUUGCUGCUGAAGAGCACAAUCAUAUGCAAGCCGAAGAAGAUGCUAGAAAGAAAUCUGAGGAGCAUGCGAGGAAAGAGACUGAGAAAGAGGCUGCCGCAAAAGCUACGCGUGAGAAAGCUGCGCGUGAGAAGCAGCAGCUUCAAAUGAAGCUAGAAAAACAAGCAAAGGAAAAUGAGCAAGCACAGAAGCGGCUCAAAGAGGCCGAACUCGCCAAGCAAGCUGAGAUGAGGAAGAAAUUGGCUACUCGAGAGCGGCCGAGUGAGGCGAUUCCUCGGCAGCCGGCAAAGCAAAUACCAAAUGCUCCGUCAGGUCCUUCCGCCGGGCUCAAAAGCGGCGGCAGCAAACUGUCCGACUCAAAUCCGCUACAGGACUGGCGUCCGAGGAAGCAGCCUGCGAGCAAGGACGCAGAACCUGACCGAGUGGACAAUCAAUCGCAUCAAGGAAGAAGCCAAGCAGAAUCUUCGAGACAGACAGAAGUCAGGCUGCCAGAACCAUCGCGGCGGGACUCACAGCCACGCGUGGACAGUCCACUCUCUGCCUCUUCCAAUGGAAAUGCCAGGAAUAGUCUCGCAACUCAUAGCAGCACGCGGACUGCAUCGGUGAGCACCAGCUCGAACUUUUCAGAGACGGGUAGCAACGCGACAACGGCUGGCAUCCCAGUUAAAAGGAAGGCCUCAGAUGCCUCAAAUUCGGAUCGUGAGCCAACCAAUUCGAUUGGGAGAAUCCCCAAGAAGCCAAGAACUCCCAUGUCUGCGUCUCAGUCACCGCAGUCACCUCCCGACGGCACGAGCCCUUCUAUUGACGAACGAUUGAACGGUCCAGCAUGGUAUCAAGAUAUCCAUCUUCCUAAAGAGAAGAGCCGAAAAGGCACUUACGAUGGCGGCACUGCCACCAUUCUAGAGAAACUGAAGACACAAAUCACCCGCGCAAAAGAAGCAUACCAGAAACGUGGAAAUGUCAAUCACCACUUCCAAGAUGCACGGACCUUUGUGCACCAGCUCUGCUUCCAAAGUGUCAACGAGAAGCUUUUGAAGCAGUACAGAAUGCUGCACGGGAACAACGGCCUGCCCCAGAUCUUUGACAGCGCUUUCUCAGGCGGCGUGCAGUGGCCGUUUGACAUCAAAUCAGAUGCAGAAGAGCUGUACAAUAAGUGGUGCCGGCAAGACUUUGACACCGAUCUCAUGCGAGGCAUCAAGGUCGGAAAAGCAGCGGAUCGCAGUACCGACUCGAUCGACAAGAGGUACGAGAACAGAGUCGACUCCCAUUUUCAUGGAAACGGAAAGCUACUUAACGGACAAUGGUGGCCAACCCAGCUCACUGCUCUACGUGACGGCGCACACGGUGAAUCGCAAGGUGGCAUCUGCGGAAGCCUGGCAAAAGGCGCUUAUUCGGUCAUCAUGUCGCGCGGUCCACAAUACAAUAACGAGGAUUAUGGAGACGUGGUCCUUUACUGCGGUACGGAUAGCUCGAAGGAAGACGAAGUGACUGACAAUACGCAAUGUCUUCUCAAGAACCUCGAGAACAAAGAGCCCGUUCGUCUGAUCCGCUCGAGCCAGAUGACUAUCAAGGAAUGGGCACCACAGAUUGGAUUUCGAUAUGACGGAUUGUACGACGUGAAAGAAGUCGAGCGGCACCAAGCACCGCAAGGCUUUUACCAGCGGCAUCGCUUCAGACUUGUUCGACGUGCUGGACAGGAUGCCAUCCGUGGAGGAACCGGACCGGAGGCACGGCCCACCAUGGACGAAAUCGAGGCUUUCGAAAAGCACAAGUUUCUAGCACGUGGAAAGGGCAGUUAG